AUGAAGGAAGGAAUACGCGAAAGGAAGGUCGAGAACAAGCGGUCAGAGGCUCGGGAAGCCAACGACGACAAUGGCAGCGGCGUCGGCGUCAAAGUCGGCGUCAAAGCCGGCGUCAAAGUCGGCGUCAAAGUCGGCGGUGAGCAAGACGAGCAACAAAGCCGUGUGCGCAAAAACAGCCAGAGUGAGGCAAAAGAGCAAAACUGGGGGGGGACCGGUCACUGGCACAACAACGAGGUGACGCGGGGAACGAGCGGCAGUUGGAAAAUACGGCUGAAGAAGUCGCAAAGGGAGGGUGCUCGUCAGCUCUCAACCCAACCCAGUCGGUGCAUGGACGAGAAGGACGUUGUCGUGUUAAGGGUGGAAUCUCGGGAUGGGGACGACAAGCAAGGCGCCUGGGGACGCCGCUCGAGAACACUCAUCAAGUUCGACGGGACUGAAGAAUCCCAACUGCUGCGGGCGUGCACGAGCGGCCAUGGCUGCGCGGUUGCCACGCAGCCCAAAUAUCAGCCCGUCCCCCAGUGCUAUCCACAGUCUUGA